UUUGAAAACGUUUUUUUGAAAUGCUUCUAAUUUAAACGGGAAAACAAAAUGGUCGCAAUUCGUAUUUUAACCCUAACCAUGCUGUUUUCAGCCCUGCUAGCUGUUGAAAUUGUUAAUAAACUUGUUGUUACUGAAUCUGAAGUUGAAUUAAUAGUUGAAAAAACAAAAGCGACAACUGAGUUUUUGGUAAGCAUUGGCCCCUUUGGAGUUUACUUCUUAAGCGUGACGGUGGUGAAACAUAUUUUUGAAAAGGUAUUCGUUGUCAAAAUUUCAGAGGAAGAUGUUGGUGAAGUGUUCUAUAAGAAUGCAUUAAAUUUCGGAAAAGAGAUGGGUUUGGAACAUGCUGAAUACAUUGCUGAAGAUAUUGCAAAUGCAGCUGAAAAAGCUUUCCAGAAUAAUAUUUCUCCUCUAGAAUACUUCCGUGCUGUUUCUGAUACGUUGAAACGCAGUUUGAAGAAACAAGGACUUCUGGAGCAGGGUAAUGGUAAAGACUUGAUUGACGCUUAUGCAAAUUCAUUAGAAAAUGCUGCGAAUUCUGAAAAUAGUAUGGAUCCUGGAGCUCCAGUUCAAGCCUUAGCAACUGGGACAGCAGACUUCUUGAAAUCAAAGGGAAUAAGUUCAUCCAAGGACGUUGAAUUUGCAGGAAAAGCAUUUGCUAAUGAAUUAAGGAAACAAGCAGGUGAUGAUGCUCACAGUGCUGCUGGAUUAAUCAGUGGAAGAAUCGAAAUUAGUUACCUGCUCACAUUUAUGAUAAUAUUAAAAUGUAUAGUUUUUCAAAAGUUUUAAAUGUUUGAAUUUUUGAAGAUGUAAAUUCAAAUAAAUAAAUUUGAAACAGAAUGUGCUUCUAUAUAUUGAA